UGGGCCGGAAGCGGCAGGCUGCGGGGCGGGCCGGCUGGCAUCCCUUUUCCGGCUGGUCCCUAUGGAGGCACUGGGGAAACUGAAGCAGUUCGAUGCCUACCCCAAGACUCUGGAGGACUUCCGCGUCAAGACCUGCGGGGGCGCCACGGUGACCAUUGUCAGUGGACUUCUCAUGCUGCUACUGUUCCUGUCCGAGCUACAAUAUUACCUCACCACUGAGGUGCAUCCAGAGCUCUACGUGGACAAGUCCCGGGGAGAUAAACUGAAGAUCAAUAUAGAUGUACUUUUCCCGCACAUGCCUUGUGCCUAUCUGAGCAUCGAUGCCAUGGAUGUGGCUGGGGAACAGCAACUGGAUGUGGAACACAACCUGUUCAAGCAACGGCUAGACAAGGAUGGCAUCCCCGUGAGCUCAGAGGCAGAACGGCAUGAGCUCGGGAAAGUUGAGGUGAAGGUGUUUGACCCUGACUCCCUGGACCCUGAUCGCUGUGAGAGCUGCUACGGUGCUGAGACGGAAGACAUCAAGUGCUGUAACACCUGUGAGGAUGUGCGGGAGGCAUAUCGCCGCCGAGGCUGGGCCUUCAAGAACCCAGACACUAUUGAGCAGUGCCGGCGAGAGGGCUUCAGCCAAAAGAUACAGGAGCAGAAGAACGAAGGCUGCCAGGUGUACGGCUUCUUGGAAGUCAACAAGGUGGCCGGAAACUUCCACUUUGCCCCUGGGAAGAGCUUCCAGCAGUCUCACGUGCACGUCCAUGACCUGCAGAGCUUUGGCCUUGACAAUAUCAACAUGACCCACUACAUCCGGCACCUGUCAUUUGGAGAAGACUACCCGGGCAUCGUUAACCCCCUGGACCGCACCAAUGUCACUGCACCCCAAGCCUCCAUGAUGUUCCAGUACUUUGUGAAGGUGGUACCCACAGUGUACAUGAAGGUAGACGGGGAGGUGCUGAGGACAAAUCAGUUCUCUGUGACCAGACAUGAGAAGGUCGCCAACGGGCUAAUGGGCGACCAGGGGCUCCCCGGUGUCUUCGUGCUCUAUGAGCUGUCGCCAAUGAUGGUGAAGCUGACAGAGAAGCACAGGUCCUUCACACACUUCCUGACGGGUGUGUGCGCUAUCAUUGGGGGCAUGUUUACAGUGGCUGGACUCAUUGAUUCGCUGAUCUACCACUCGGCACGAGCCAUCCAGAAGAAAAUUGAUCUAGGGAAGACAACAUAGUUGCCCCUUCCCUCUGUGCUGUUCCUUCUCUCUUUUUUCUCUUUGGCCUUGUGGUCAUUUUCCCCAGCCUCUUCCACCCCCCCUACCCUACUCAGAGAGCUGUCUCAGUCCCAGGUUGAUUAAAUCUAUUGAUUGUGAUAGUA